AAACGUACCAUUCACACCAUCUUACCUUGCACUUGAUAUAAGUGUCAUAGCAAAUAUAAAUCCGGAGACCGGAUUUUUGGUAGCAAAUAUAGAUCCUACAGCUGGAUUAAAAUGGGCAAAAUACACUUCUCCUUUAAAAUUAACGAAUAAUAGUACUAUUUCAAAAAUUUCAGAAGGAAAUAUCCCUUUUCCUUCAAAUGCCAUGGCAUAUUCUUAUCAAUCAAAUUUUAAUGCAUUCACCUUAUUUCAAAAGGUGGAUGGUAGUUAUGGCCUAGCAUAUUGUUUAGCAUAUACAAUGAAUUAUACAAGUCAUUUCAAUUAUAAUUUUACUGAUAUAAAUCCUUAUAUUACAGUGAACGUGGCAUUUAUAUCAAAUACUAAUACAAGCGAAUCGACUGGUCCUUUUUUGAUCUACACAACAAAGAAUGUUUCCAAUAUAAUAUUUCUAGAUUCUUGUCAAUCGAGAUAUGAUUCCCGAGGAAUUGAUUGUUUAAUUUCUGAGUUAACUGCAAGGACCCCGAACCUACCGGCUCCUGGUGUAAUGAAAAUAUCUUUUCUAUCAACUGGAGCAGUAAUGAACAUAACGCCAGUACCAAUAACUACUACACAAACUUCUUCAAAUAUAACUUUUUAUAAAUACUUUUCAUUGCAUUAUGGUGGUGCUCUUUUUGUUAAAUAUUCUGUUAUCGCAAAUGAGUCUUUUGAAAUCUUAGGCUAUUAUAGCAAUGAUUCAUUAACUUCUUUUAAGCUAUGGGAUAUACCAGAAAAUUUAACUAUAACAGUGGCUAGUAAUGUGAUUGCUCACCUUUCGUCUGGUCUAAUGCAGAAUAAUACUUUCUGGUUAGCCAUAAAAGAUAUUAAUCAAAAUUGGGUAAUUAUGAAUUCAGAUAUGCCAAGAUACCUUAAAGACGUCGGAUUUCAAAAUGUUUUGAUCACAUCAUCAUAUCCAGGAAUAAACCAAAAAUUAUACCUUCGUUUUAAGAAUUCUCUAAAUAUUACUUAUAGAAAUCCUAUUUCUCAGUCAUCAGGAAAUAUUUCUAUUUAUCGAAUCUUUAAUAAUGAUACUAAACAGUUACAAUUAAGGCAGUCUUUUUCGGGAUUAUCCUAUUGUUCAAUCCUUAGCGAUAAUACUACAAUUAGUUGCCUAAUUUUGCUGAGCACUUUCAAUGUUCCUUCCGCUUUUUAUAUGAUAACUGUGGACAAUGAGUUUGUUCAAGAUGCAGGUUUGCAAGAAAAAAUACGUGGCAUAGCAAAUGGAUUAUGGACUGUUCAAACAGAAUCUCGUGACUUAUCAUAUAUUUAUAGUGAACCAAUUACUGGAACUCUGCGUCUAACUGAAGAUGGAACAAUUCAUUAUAAUAAUUUAACAUCUGAUCAAAAGUCAUUAUUUAUCAUGAGUUUACGUGAUGAACUUGCUCAGUGUAUUCCUACUGAUUCAUCAAGAAUACUCUUUUCUGGUCGAACUAAUAUUGAUCUAAACACUCCUGGUCAACAAUUACUAUUUGAAUUAACAAUUUCUGAUACAAAAGAUUUAUUCCAACCAAAUGCUGACCAGAUAAAGGAUGAUUUAAAUUCAUUAAUUGAGAACAAAUACAUUACUGCACUUUCAACUUUGCCCCAUACAUCCUAUAUUGAUGAUAACCAUCAAUUUGAAUCAUUACCGAAUUUGUGGGAAGAAUUUUUGGAUCACAAGUAUUGGGCCAUAGGGGUUGGAAUUGUGUCUAUAUUUUUGAUUAUUAUAUAUCUUUUAGCACGUAAAAGGCAUAAUAAAAUAAAGCCAGAGAAAAAAUGUCUUCACUUAAAGUUUUCACCAAGUCUAGGAUGUUCACAUAAACCAAAAUGUUUGUUACGAGAUGAUUGUAAAAAUUUACAAAAUGAUUAUUACACUAAAAAUUUUCCAGCAAAACAGUGUCGUGCAUCUGUUCUUUUCACAUCAAGUUUAAGUUUAUUUCAUCUAUUUUUGAACAUUUUGUUUAUUAUAGAAAAUGCAAAAGAUGUUCCGGAUCUUUAUAUCCCAAGUGCUGACAUUGAAAUUUUAUUGGUAUUAAAUUCUCAUUUGGGAGGAUUUGAAAUAUUUAAUGCUCCAUUUACUAAAAAGGCAACUAGUUAUAUUUUUUGGUGUAAAGUUUUAACUAUUUUUAUUGAUAGCAUACCAUGGUUAAUUAUCCAAGUGUUUUAUCAUGUAAAAAUAAUCACAUAUCAAAUUAUCCCUUUUAUUAAUCUUGUAAUAAGUUGUAUCUCUUUAUUUAUUUAUAUUCUUAUAAAAGUAUAUAGAUGUUUUUAUGAUUGUAGAUCUUCUAAUAAAGAAUUAGAUAAAGAAAAAGAAAUUAUUAAUGAAGAUAACAAAGUGCAAAGAAUUAAUGGUGAAGAUAAUAAGGAUGAAGAAAUUAAUAAUGAAGAUGUUAAGAACGAAGAAAUUAAUAUUGAAAAUGAAGAAGAAAAAAAUAAUGAUGAAAAUAAAGAAAUAAUAAUCAAUUCUACUCGCAGAAGAAUUUAUACUAAAGAUAUUAAUGCUGAUCAAAUAUUAAGUGCUAGUAGAAAAGUGUCAGACUUCUCAAUUUUUACUUCUUCUACUGAACUGCAUCCUCCUCAGAUUCCUGUUAUUUUGUUCUUGUUUUUCUUCCUUG